AUGGGGAAGCCACCGGUCCUCUUCCAAUCGAAGCUGCUCUGUUUCUCCCUGCUCUACCUCUUCGCCACCCUCUUCUUGGCCCUCUACACCUCCCUCUCCCCGGCCAAUUGCCUCCUCCGAUCCUCCCCCUUCGACCCCCUCCAGUCCCCUCUCUUCUCUUACCCUCCUUCCUACGGGGAGCACAAGUACGCCCUCCCCACCGCUCGCCCCUCCUGCUCCUCCCCCGUCCUCUUCUCAGAUUAUUCGGAAGCGGUCAAGGAGAUCAAUGAUUUGUGCGCGAAUUCUUCGUGGUCGUCACCUCUGCAGCCGCCUCCCCUGAGGUACAAGCAGGGCGGAGAUGAUAACUUCGGUGGGACGUUCAGCGACCGAGAGCGGUUUUCUUAUUUCGAUCAUCGGAACGAAAGCGUCGAAGUCCCCUGUGGAUUCUUUAAGGAAUUCCCAAUCGGCAUGGACGAUAGGGAGGCCAUGGAGAAAUGCGGCGGAGUGGUCGUUGCCUCCGCCAUAUUCAACGGCCACGAUAAGAUCCGUCAGCCCAGAGGGCUCGGAUCCCAAACCCUCGCCAGCGUAUGCUUCUUCAUGUUCGUCGACAGCGCCACCACGAAAGUCCUCGAGAACCACAACUUGAUCUCACCGAACUCGAGAGCAGCGCGCAGGAUCGGAGCGUGGAGGAUCGUGGAAGUGGCGGGCGAGCGCCUGUACGGGAACCCGGCGAUGAAUGGGGUGAUCCCGAAACACCUGGUGCACAGGCUGUUCCCGAACUCGAAAUUCAGCGUAUGGAUCGACGCGAAGCUGCAGAUGGUGGUCGACCCGGUCCUGCUGGUCCACUCACUGCUCGUGAGGGAGGGCGCGGACAUGGCGGUGUCGAAGCAUCCGUACUACGUGCACACCAUGGAAGAGGCGAUGGCCACCGCAAGGUGGAAGAAGUGGUGGGACGUGGAUUCGCUGAAGAAGCAAAUGGAGACUUACUGCGAGAAUGGGCUUCAACCAUGGUCGCACAUCAAGCUUCCAUAUACUUCAGAUGUGCCGGACAGCGCCCUGAUUUUGAGGCGACACAUUCCGGCCAGCAACCUCUUCUCGUGCCUCUUGUUCAACGAGCUGGACGCAUUCAAUCCGAGGGAUCAACUGGCCUUUGCGUAUGUGAGGGACCUCAUGAGCCCGAAGCCGAAGCUCCACAUGUUCGAUGUGGAGGUGUUCGAGCAAGUCGUGCUGGAGUACAGGCACAACCUGAAGCGCGGCAGCGGGGCCACCGGGGGGCCAUGGAGGACGAAGAGGGCGGGCUCUCCGGAGUCGUCGGAGAACGGCAGUUUUGGCGGCGGGUGUGAGAAGUAUCUGCAGGAGAUGUGGGGGUAAAUCCCAUAGUUGAUUCUCUCCAACUGAUAACGUAAGAAAACAAACGAAAGGUGAUCUGCCCAACCGCAUUUCGCACGCGAAAAGCUGCCAGGAGAUCACAGGUUGUCAGGCACAUUCAUGCUGUGCUCGUGCUCUCCUCGUUCUUUCCCCAUUCAUUGUCGUGCUGGAAAGUCUGGGAACAGGAACGGUGAUGCGCCACGUGUCACGAAUUGCAUGAACUCUAUGUUUUCGUCUUUUGGGUUUUGCCCGGUGAAAAAGGGCAAAAAGAGGGUUCAAAGGGAGGGAGGGGAAAUUUUGUGCUGUUUGAUUUAGAGAGGUAUGAAGAAUUUAUGCUGUUUGAUUAGGGAUAGUCAAGUUUAUACAAAGAUCAUGUGGUUUCAUAAGCAUGGUUAUCAAAUUUGAUGUAAUCUUUCCCGCGAUUUAAUAAAUAAGAUUCGAUUCAUUUAAUUGAA